GUGUCUGGAGUGCAGGAAUCUGUCGGUAACAUUUGUGUUUAGCGGUGGUUUUCUAGUUUAGAAAAUGGACACGUUAAAUAAACUGAAACAGUUUGACGCUUAUCCCAAAACUCUGGAGGAUUUCCGUGUGAAGACGUGGGGAGGAGCGACCGUGACGAUCAUCAGCGGUGUCAUCAUGUUAAUCCUGUUCGUCUCUGAGCUGCAGUACUAUCUCACAAAAGAGGUUCAUCCUGAGCUGUACGUCGACACGUCGCGAGGAGACAAGCUGAAAAUCAACAUCGACGUCAUUUUCCCUCACAUGCCCUGCGCCUAUCUCAGUAUAGAUGCGAUGGAUGUGGCUGGUGAGCAGCAGCUGGACGUUGAACACAAUCUGUUCAAACAGCGGCUGGACAAAGACCUCAAACCUGUCACCCUCGAGGCAGACAAACACGAACUUGGUGUAGCUGACGAUGGUGAAGUGUUUGACCCCAGCACACUGGACCCAAACAGAUGUGAGAGCUGCUACGGAGCUGAGACUGAAGACCUCAAAUGCUGUAACACCUGCGACGAUGUGCGGGAGGCGUACCGGCGGCGAGGCUGGGCGUUCAAGAGCGCCGACACCAUCGAGCAGUGUAAGAGGGAGGGCUUCACACAGAAGAUGCAGGAGCAGAAGAACGAAGGCUGCCAGGUUUACGGCUUCCUGGAGGUCAACAAGGUGGCAGGAAAUUUCCAUUUUGCUCCAGGAAAAAGUUUCCAGCAGUCUCAUGUCCACGUGCACGCUGUGGAAAUACACGACCUGCAGAGUUUCGGCUUAGACAACAUAAACAUGACCCAUCUGAUAAAACACCUGUCGUUCGGUAAAGAUUACCCCGGCAUCGUUAACCCUCUGGACGACACCAACGUCACAGCACCACAAGCAUCAAUGAUGUACCAGUAUUUCGUGAAAAUUGUUCCAACCAUCUAUGUGAAAACUGAUGGCGAGGUGUUAAAAACAAACCAGUUCUCAGUCACCAGGCAUGAGAAAGUGGCCAACGGGCUCGUGGGGGACCAGGGGCUGCCGGGCGUGUUCGUUUUAUAUGAGCUGUCACCAAUGAUGGUUAAAUUCACAGAGAAACACAGAUCAUUCACACACUUCUUAACAGGAGUUUGUGCCAUUAUUGGAGGAGUAUUCACAGUGGCCGGUCUGAUCGACUCGCUCAUCUACCACUCAGCUCGGGUCAUCCAGAAGAAGAUAGAGCUGGGCAAGGCGUCCUAACAGCGCCCCCCGCUGGCCUCCAACGGUACGACGCAGACCAAGACACGGACACGGAGACGGAAAGAAGAGGGACAGACAGACAGACAGACAGAGGGAGAAGUUUGAAGCAAGUAGUUUGUUUUCCUUCAGUCUUUCUGUCAGACUGAGCGAGACAGAGAGGUUUUAAAUCAACCACAUUUUUAAUUCCUCUGUCUCUUUUUGAUGUGGAAAAACGCUGGAGAGGAACCGGAGAGGAAACGUUAAAUUCAAUGCCAACAGGAGCCAGAAUCAGAUUUUUUGAUUUUGAGAUCGAGCAGAGAAGAGGACGCCUCGUCGAGUCGGACCCAGCCUCCGGAAGCUUCUUCGUGGAGAACGGGAAUUCCUUCCCUCCCUCCAGUUUACGUCCUGCUUCAGCGCCGCUCAUCGUUCGCCGCACUGAGCGUUCCUCAGAGCAUCUGCGGUCGAGCCUUUGUUCCAGAGGGGUGAGGGUGAGGGGGCGCGGAGGCUUUUUAAAGGAAUACGUCGCCCAAAAUCUGUAAUUUUCUUAUCAUGUACUCACCCCAUGCUUGAUGAACUCACGUUUCUGUAAGCAGAAUCACAGAAAGCCUGAUUGGACUUGGAUUUAUCAAGAUCACAAAAUGAUUGUUUAGUUUGAAGGUUUUUAGGAUAAAUCGGGUGAGAUUUUAUACUUUUCUUAUUGUCAGUAAAGCCGAUGGAAAACACAAAACCAACAACGGACUGAUCCGCUAACAAGUGUCGUCUGUGUGUCCAAAGCCUGAUAGAUCUUCUUCCUCUGUGCCAUAGAGCUUCAUUAUUGUCGAGUAAAACACGUGAAUGAGCCACACUGAAGCGCUGGCUGACACGUUCCUUCACUGCCGUGAACACACACAACAACCUGCUGCUGGAAAAACUCUCCAGAGCACAAAACGUGUGUUAAUCCGCUGCUGAAAAUAGUCCCCAAUAAAUGAACCAUUUCCUCCUGUUUAAUGUUUGAUUAAAACUCCAGUGGCCAUCAGUUUUAGAAAAGCAUCCUGAGUGGGCUCGGAGCAGCAGCAUGUUGUUGGUUUUGGUCUUUUCGUGGGAUGUGUGGCAAUAAGAAAAGCACAGAAUAUCGCCUGCCUUCUCCUUUCAGCUCUCUCCGCACACACUCUUUAGGUCUGGUUUUCAGUCAGGUCAGGGAUUUGGUGUUUAAAUCCAGUAAAUAAAAUCAGAUAGAGAGGGGAUGUUCAAAGCCAAGCUGGUCCUCCGUCCUCUAUGAAUGUGAGGAAGGAUUCAUGAGGCCUCAGGUUGUGAGGAGUUGAUAUGAAAAACCUUGUGGGUGAUGUGUUCCCUUGGAGACUUGCAGUACAAAAGAUACUUGAAACACGCUGAUUUGACACUACACAGGCAGACGUGUGUCCUGGCUUGAUUUAAAGCCACUGUGUGUGGGAUUUUGUAGUUUUCUCAAAAAAUAAACAUGAAAAAAGGCGGAGUUUGGCGCAGCCUGUGUUGCUUUCAGCGUUAUCAACACAAACCCACUCAAAUCCGACACAUAGUGGCUUUAAAGAAAUGAGAUUUUAAGGCAGAAUAAGCAACAAAUCACAUGUUGAGAGUAAAGGAAGGCCUGCUGCAUGAAUGGAGCCAGACAUGUCAGAGGCGAGAUUCCUUCAGCGUUCAAGUGGCAGUUGAAGCAAAACCGACGAGCCGCAGCCAGAAUUUGCAGCGCGCGGCUCAGUUUCUUUUGUUGGAAUAUGAAGAUGAACCACUGUAGCUUCCUGUGAUUCCCUGACACAGCUUCCACCCUGCGCUCCGCCUUUCUUCCUCCUCCUCCGCAUCCAUCCUCACUUUCCCGACGCUUGAUGUUUUCAGCUGAUCGCCCGUUGACUGAUCGCGAUCUUGCAGCGAUUUGGAAAUCCCUUCAUAUGAUUUUACCUCUUUUUUUUGUUGUUAUGUAUGAAGGAGUGUAAAUACUGUACAGACACAUCCACCACUGCCUCGGAGGAAGGAGGGAAAUGGUAGAGCACCACAUGAGUCCCUGCAGAUCGAGUGUCCUCUGCACUGUGUCAGAUUAAGUGUUUUUUUUUAAUAUAGGGGAAAGGGCUGCUUCUGUUCUGCUUGUUUCUUUCUUUAGCUCUGUGGGAUAAUAGA